AUGGACGAAGACGACUCCCUCGAACUUCUGCAGCAAAUACUUAAAUUAAACAUCCUUGAUGUGGACCCGCAUGGAUCAAGUACAUCAGCUACUGGUAGAGAUACAGCUGAGAGCCCAUCUAGAAAUUUAUCAAACAAUAAUGGUAGUGAUAAUUGCGGAGCCCUAUCUGCAGCGAUUGAUGCAUGCGAUAUUGCAGAGGGGUGGAAUGACGAGGUCGAAACAAAAAAGCCAAAGAGAGGCAGACCACGAAAGCGAGUUGUGAAUAGUCGCAAAAAGCAGCAUCCAUCAUUACCAUGUGAUGAACCGACCCAGAACAUCCUCAAAAUCACUAAUGAUAAACGACUAAUCCGUGCCACAAUUAGUCCAGUCCCAGAGAAUCUGACGAACCAGCAUAAUACAAUAGACUAUGGCAUAAUAUGCAGUGAUGAUCAACAGGGGCAGAGGGCUGAGGAUGAAUUGUCUGACACAGCAGACAUCUUGCAACAGAUAAUGAGGUCUGGAAUCCUGGAUUGGAACCCUAAGGGGUCAUUGUCUGUGACGCAUGCAGCAGAUGCUAGCUCCAAUAGAGCUGAAGAGAGGAGGGACAGAUCACAAGAUAUAGAGAGCACCUUGAUCUCUCACCAGAACAAUCGCACAAAAGGAAACGAGCUACGGCGUCCAUGUGGAAGACCUGUGAGGAGGGCAAAAGCACAGCAAAAAAAAUACAAUCACGUUGCCUUGAGAGAUAGGCUAUCAUCCCCGAAGGAGAGGAGAAAUAAUCACUCCGGAUUCGUUAUUCGUGCCACGAGCAAUCCGGUGCAGGAGGGACAACAGGAAAAAGGAGAUAUAGUGCAGACUGACCACAUAGCUUGGCCUGAUGAAGCACUUUGUAGUGGGAAUGGCAAUAAUGAUGGUCCAUACAUCGAGGGUAAUCCAUCCAGGACAUGCCUAUCUAACAGUCAGCGACGUCGUGGACGUCCAAAAAAGCGCAUCGUUCAUGCAAGAGGUAGAGGAUCAAAACACCAGGUUAUGCGUAAAUCACCUUCGAGUGCUGCUCAGUCGAAGAUCAUCGACAAUGAUUACACACAUGAAACAGGGACAUGGAGUCCAGCACCAUCGAUAGCAAAAAUACAUGAUGAUGAAUACAGGCCUUCUCCUCCGCCACACGCAAUUUUACGGUCACCAUCUCUGGAGGUCUCGCAGAAUAAUAUCACAGUGGAACUAACGGUUCAGGAGGUUGCAUCUCGUGCAAUGGCCAGACCAGUCAUUUGGACGUCUGCCUGGUACAACUGGACAACCCUUGGGUUGAAUGAAUGGCUUGAUGCUACGGUCGCUAACUAUUAUCUCUGUGAUGUCUGGUAUGAGGUACUGGGCCGAUCACAAAUGAGAUAUGUGGACUUGUAUGCGGCGAUGGUGAACGAUAUGGUGGACGAAGAAUUAGAGCUCUUCAGAAAGUACCACUUCUUAUCUCAGGACGGCACAUGCCCUGUAGUCCCUGUUGGAUUCAUCGUCCAUCACUCCGAUCAUUUCUUCGCUGUCGUAUUUGACUACCAGAGACAUAUAGCCCAUGUAAUGGGUCGCCACAUCUCCGACUCAAUGAUGGACGUGGAUGGCGUAGAUCCAAAUGACUGGGAAGACUGGGAUGGACCGCAAUACUGGAGAAGAAUUGGAUCCCUUCAUCGCUGGAGCACAGGGGAUGUCACAAAUGUCUCUGUGAGAUCCACUAAUUGGUUGCAAAACGGAGUAGACUGCGGUCCUAUCGCUUGCUCCGUGCUCGAGGAAUGUUUGCGAGUGGGAUUAGAUGACCGUGGAGACCUGCCAGCAAUCGAUAUCAUAUGUGGCCACAAACUGCGCAUUCAUAUGUUGCGUGUUGUGGCUGGGCGUCUCAAGCUCAGCUGUAGCGACUAUCUUAUGCUCCUUGACGGUCCACUGGAGAAUUGGAGAGAGGAUGACGUACCAGACGAGGAUGUGAUGAAUUCAAUUCGGAAUGGACAGCACCAGGCAGAAUGCUUAAAGCUCCUGCGGAAAUUGACUGUCGUUAGCGCGACCUGCUCAAUGUGUCAACGCCAAACACCCCAAAAGGAUAGAGAAAACCCAUCAGCAUAUGAAGACGAGAACAGAGAUGGUUUGACAGUGGAUGAGGAUGGUGUUGAAGCUGAAAGCACCCAUGAAGACGAUUCUCUUGGAAUGGCACUUUCUGUAAAUCACAAGGAGAACCUCACCAAGCUGUUGAAAGCAAACAAACACCUGACCGGAUCUCGCAAUCGAAAUUUGAUAGUCCCUCGCGCAACUGGCACACAUCUUCAACUUGAGCCUGAUAUUCCUCUUGAUGAGCCGCCUCAUCAUCUCGUAGGCGAGUAA